CGACGAAGAUCACCAUGAUACCACUGUCAAUCAAAUGCUGGUUCCCAGGUCGCACCAGGAGGAUGCCACACUGAUACUGAACAAUCUGCUCAAGGAAUAUGACAAGACGCUUCGGCCAGACAUUGGAGUGAAACCAACAGUCAUCGAUGUGGGCAUAUAUGUCAACAGCAUCGGGCCUGUGUCAUCCAUCGAUAUGGAGUACCAGAUCGAUAUCAUCUUCGCCCAGACCUGGGUGGACACCCGUCUGCGGUACAACAGCAGCAGCAUGCGGAUUCUAACCCUCAACAGCAAUAUGGUUGGCUUGAUCUGGCUGCCCGACACCAUCUUCAGGAAUUCCAAGACUGCCGACUCGCACUGGAUAACAACACCCAAUCAGCUGCUACGGAUCUGGAACAAUGGAAAAAUACUCUACACACUGAGGAUGACCAUCAACGCCGAAUGCCAGCUGCAACUGCAUAAUUUCCCAAUGGACGAGCACUCCUGUCCUCUCGUCUUCUCCAGCUACGGCUACCCGCGGGACGAGAUUGUGUACAAAUGGAGGCGAAACUCAGUGGAAACUUCAGACCAGAAAUACUGGAGGCUUUACCAGUUUGAUUUCAUGGGGCUCAGAAACACCACAGAUGUGCUCACAACAACAGCAGGUGACUAUGUGUUGAUGACAGUGUACUUUGACCUCAGUAGAAGGAUGGGCUACUUCACUAUCCAGACCUACAUCCCCUGUAUCCUCACUGUGGUCCUCUCCUGGGUCUCCUUCUGGAUCAAGAGCGAUGCUACACCUGCAAGGACAGCCCUAGGUAUCACCACAGUGCUGACCAUGACCACCCUGAGCACAGUGGCCAGAAACUCGCUGCCCAGAGUGUCCUACGUGACGGCCAUGGACCUGUUUGUCACUGUCUGCUUCCUGUUCGUCUUCGCUGCCAUGAUCGAGUACGCGAUGCUCAACUACUACUCCUACAGUAUACGCAGACCUCCGGCCAAGACACAGAGAAUGAGUCAGCCACCGCUGCUGUCAUUUCACUCUCUCCAGAUCCCCUCCCUCUUCAUUAUGGGUCGCAACCCUCGGACCAUGAUGCCCAUGGGCAACUCCCUCUUCUGGCACGACUACGACGACAACUGCCUGUACGAGUGCCUGGACGGGAAGGACUGCAAGAGCUUCUUCUGCUGUUACGAGGAGUGUAAAGAAGGCGGCUGGAAGAGAGGACGGAUCCACGUCAACAUCCGUGAGCUGGAUUCCUACUCUCGGGUUUUCUUCCCCACGUCCUUCUUGCUUUUCAACAUUGUCUACUGGGUCAGCUACCUCUACCUCUAG